AUGUCGCCGAAACAAGCAAGAGUGAAGCAUCCUACUAACAGGAAAUUUUCUAGUGUGGAUAAUCCCGGAAUUGUUGAAGCAAUUCGAAAUAAAACGAAGAAAAAGGUCGAGGAAGUUGAACCAUCUUUGAUCGCACAUGAGGAUGAAAUGGGUCGAAUCAUGCCAAACAAGGGAAAGCAACAAAUUCAAGUCGAAAAGAAAUAUAAGAAGAAAAAUGACUUUGAGGAUGAAGGUGAUGGACAAGAAAGUGAGGAUGAAGGUGAUGGAGAGGUAGGAGAAGUUCGAAAACAAGUCCUAGGAGGACAUGCUCAAGAACAAGUCCAAGGAGGAGAAGUUCAACAACAAGUCCAAGGAGGAGACGUUCAAGAACAAGGUAAGACAGAUGGCAAGAAAGAUAGUCCAAAGAAGAAGAAAGGGGAUCACAUGCCCGACCUGGAGAAGAUGUUUCCUCGCGGCUUUAAUGAUCAUGUUUUAGGGUUACCCGGUGAUGGAGGACAGGAUGUCGUUCAUCGUAUGAAGCCAGGAAUGUCAGGGACUAUGAUGAAGAGCUGGCCACUGCAAGCAAUAGAAUCAAACAUCGGAGAAGUUGAGGAAGUAAUCGAUCUAAUCCAAUCUACGGGGUUGUUGCCUGCGGUCGAUAAUUCAGAUCUUCGUUACUACAAACCUCUUUGUUCCGCCUUUGCCAAGAGAUAUUACGGGGAAACAGAUACUUUUCAUCUUUCGUUUGGUGAAAUGACGAUGACUCCAAAUGAUGCAAAGUUCAUUACCGGGCUAAGCAUAGAUGGUAAAUCCGUGAAGCACAAAGGGUACGCGCAAGAGCUUGAGUGGGACAAGAUUUACGCGUUCACCAAGGAAUUGUUCCAAUGGGAUGAGGAGAUGACCAAGUCACAAAUGCUAGUAGGAAAAUAUAAGCGGAGGAUAUUCCAUCUCUCGAAGUUGAGGGCACUCUUCAGUGGAACAAAGAAACUUCAUGCUGAGGGAAAACAGGUGACCAAGGAACGUAUCUUCGCCACGUCCAAUGCGUAUGUCCUCUACGUCCUGGGAUCUGUUAUCUUUCCCGACGUUUCCGGUGCCCGUGUGAACGCCAACUUUAUUCAGUUCUUGCAACCAUUUGAUAAGAUUCACGAAUACUCUUGGGGCACCGCCAUCCUUGCACACUCGUUGAACGAGUUGAGAAAGGAUUUCUAG